GUUACCCACUUUCCCCUAUGGUGUUUUGGUUUUCCCAGUUGUCUCCCAAUACUGGAUUCUCCCAAUAGAGAAAAUGAUGAAAGUGGGCUCCAGGAUAUCUUUCCCUAGGUUCAUAUCCAGCUCUGCCACACUUAAACAGGACUCUGGGUGGAUGGCUUAUCUCUCUGAGCAUUAGAAUGGUUUUGCUGGGGCUUUUUCCCCCCAUCUGAAAAACGCAAAUCAAGCACCUUCUUCAUAGAAGACCUUUUGGCUCUAUUAGGACACAGUACAUAAUGAAAAACACCCAGCACACUGCCUGGCUCAUAAAAGUACUCAACUAAACACUGCUGUCAAUCAGGUUUUAUGGUGUCUGUUUUUGUGUGAUAUUCAACCGGAGACUUGAAAGAGGGAUUCGACGGCUUUUUUUUUAGCCAUAGAGGGUUCCGGGGAGCCUAGGGAUAGCGGGUUGUCAUGUGGGUCCGAAUAUGGACUCGGGAUUAUCAGUAGCGUGACCAAAUGGAAGCUGUAGCCCCGUUGGUAACAGUCGUAAGCCGUGGAAUGCGUCCCCCUGCCGGCACCAGGCCCCUCCACCGCGUCGGAGCAGCAGCGUUGUUACGGGAUCCUCUGUCUCCAGUGCACACAUACCGAAUAAACGAUUUCUGGAUUUUUUUUUAAGGCUAAGCCUUUUUUUUUAAGAGACCAGAGUCUCGGGGUCCGGACCACAUCGGUCCCAGCUCUGCCUUACUCGGGUGGCCCUCGGGUCCGGGAUGGCGACCAUCGCUCCACUGUCCGGCCGAAGACAUUGAAAUUCCCCCGUCACGGGCCCCUUCAGCGGCCGGGGGGCGCUGGGCAGCGCGGCCGAGAGCGGUCCGGGAGCGAACGGCCCACGAGCGAGUGUCCAGCCAGAGCGCCGGCCGACGCCCCGCCCCAGACCCCGCUUCCGGCGACGACGGGAGCCGCUCUGCCCCUCUUCCUGCCCGUGGCCCUCCCUUUCCGCUGCCCCCGUGCCCAGGAAUAGGACGCUAGAAGAUCCGGAAGUGGGGGGAAAAGCGGACGGGGUGCUGACGUGAUGCUCGGGAAACGGAAGUGGUCAUAUUUUGCGCGGCCGUAAAGCGCAGCCGGCUGGACCACUUUCCGGUUGACGACAACGGCCCGACCGCGUCCUCCGGUGCCGGCCUUCCUCGAGUGCGGAGCUUCCCGGGCUCUCACCGGUUCAAGUUUCGCGUGUGCCCGUCCCAGUUGGCGCCCUUCACCCGAGGAUCAUGUUCAAGAAAUUUGACGAAAAGGAAGAUGUAUCCAACUGUAUCCAGCUAAAGACGUCGGUUAUUAAGGGUAUCAAGAGCCAACUGACCGAGCAGUUUCCAGGUAUUGAGCCGUGGCUUAAUCAAAUCAUGCCCAAGAAAGAUCCCGUUAAGAUAGUCCGGUGCCAUGAACAUACGGAAAUCCUUACGCAAGUUGAUAAAGGAGCCAUCAAAUUCGUGCUCAGUGGCGCAAAUAUCAUGUGUCCGGGUUUAACUUCUCGUGGAGCGAAGCUUUACCCUGCUGCAGUAGAUACCAUUGUGGCGGUCAUGGCAGAAGGAAAGCAGCACGCUCUGUGUGUCGGAGUCAUGAAGAUGGCUGCAGAGGACAUUGAGAAGGUCAACAAAGGAAUUGGCAUUGAAAAUAUCCAUUAUUUAAAUGAUGGUCUAUGGCACAUGAAGACAUAUAAGUGAGCCAUAGAAGGAAUGUACUUGGGUUAAAUAUAGAUAAUUGUGUUUGUAUAUGUGUUUGUGUCUGUGUGUGACAGCAUGGAAACAGUGCCUCUGUAGUUAUGCUGAAUAAAUUCAACAUUCGCCUUUAAAAAAAAAAAAAAAAAAACACCCAGGGUCCUGCUACCCCAGCAGAGAAUUGAAAUUGGGGGAAAAUUGUAGUUAUCUGCUAUACGCUGGAAUCAGACUGGAGUGGCUACUGCUCUGUGAACCUGGGCAGCCUCCAUCGUUUCUCCUGGCUUACUUGUUAGAAAGCUUAGAAGCAUCAAGAAUGGGUCAAACAUCAGGAUGCGUGCCACAAGGGUCCCCACAAGACCAACCUCAGGCCUGUUCCUGCCUUUUUUUUCUAGGCUUGUGUCACUACCCUCUUCUUCCUCUGCUAUGGAACAAGAAUUGCCAGCAACCUUCAAUUCCUUUAGUGGCAAAAAGAUUCCAGAAAGAACUGGGACCUUGUUAAAGACCUGAGUUCAGUGUGCCAGGCACUGUGCUGAGGGCAUUAUAAGGACCUUCACUUCCCCUAGUAGCUCUAUGAGGGAGGUGCUGUUGCCGUUCUGACAAAUGAGAAAACUGUAACUCAGAGAGGGAACUGUCUCCCCCAGAGUCUCCCAGCUGAAAGUGGCAGAGCCUAUAUUUCCAAUACUAGGGACCACCUUCCUCUGACUCUCAAUUUUCUCUGGGUCUCAGUUUCCUCUUCUAAAACAUUAGAGGGGUUGGGAUAGCUCUGAUGGGCUCUUUCCAUCCUAAUACCCCCACCAAACUGGAGAAAUCAAGGCUGAACCCCUGGGUCUGUGGGCUUCUGACCAUGACCAUAGACAUGCCCUCCUCUAUCCGGGGGCUGACAGGUGGGAGGGACAGCUCCACACUGGGGAGUGAACUUACCCAGCCUCUCU